GGAUGUCUUUGGAGCCAGCAUCAGACGCCGAUGCCGGCAGAAGAGGCCUGAAGAAGCCGUGUUCGUUCAGCAUUGAGGACAUCCUCGCCAGCCCUGCCGAGAAACCCCCCCGGGUCCUGCUGCCGUUGUGCUUGCAAGGCAUCUUGGAUUGCACUUCCAAGGGGCUGUGUGAGCUGGAGGCCAUCCCGGCCAGCUCCUUGCAGGAUGAGGAGGAGGAGGAGGAAGAGCUGGAAGGGACAGGUUGCAACUGCUGCUGCUGUUCCCACACGAGCGCCCGUUCCCUGCAGGACUCGCCGAGUUGGCUGGACGCCCGGUUCCCCUGGCCCAUGCGGCUCUUCCACUCAGCAGUCAGGGUCUGUAAGAGUCCCCAGGGGAACCCGAGCGAGCUGCAGACUUUCCACCAGAUCCAGCGCCGGACGCGCCGGCAUCGCACCAUCUUCACCGAGGACCAGCUGCAGGCCCUGGAGACACUUUUCCACCAGAACCAGUACCCGGACGUCAUCACCCGUGAGCACCUGGCAAACCGCAUCCACCUGAAGGAGGAGAGGGUGGAGGUUUGGUUUAAAAAUCGUCGGGCCAAGUGGCGGCAUCAGAAGAGGGCGUCUGCUUCAGCACUGAUCCUCCAAGGCACCAAGAAGCCCCCAGAGGAGAGCUGUUAGUGGUGGCAGGCUGUGUUUUGGCAGAGGAACACCAAGAACAUCCAUGCCCUGUAGCUGGCAGGUUCUGUAGGGGGGGGUGGGACUCAUGGAGCAACAGGGAAUCCCUGUGAUUCCCGGAGGAGGAGGACAGGAAAAAGCAGACGUGGUACUUUCACAUCCCAGUUUCUCUUCUAAAACCUGGUUCAUGAGCCAAAUAACUCGCCAGGCGUGACCCUCAGGUGCUGGAGCACAACCCACCAGCAGCAGUCCGUGCGGGGGCAGAGCUGUGCCGGUGCUGCGUGUGUGUGUGUGUCUGUGCUUCAGGAGAAGGGGACACCCCCUUGUCUUUGCUCCGUGCGGGUGGUAUUUGUGCUUGUUUUA